AUGGCUGCCGAACCUCAAUCCUUCACCGAACUCCCCGUUCUGCCCCUCGCGCGUGCCCUUGACCCCGCCACGAAACCGCAGUUUCUGGCCGAUUUGCGGGACGCGUUGCUGAAUGUUGGCUUCUUGUACCUCAGCGAGACGGGGCUGCCAGACAAGCUGGUGCGCGAUGUGAUCGAGGAGUGCACGAGAUUUUUUGAGAAACUACCACAAGCGCAGAAGGAGGCGAUUGAGAUGAAGAACGAGAAGAGUUUCCUGGGCUGGAGUCGGCUCGACAACGAGACCACGGCGUUCAACACAGAUCACCGCGAACAGCUCGACCUGUCGACACCGCAUCCAGUACCAGGACCAGAGGCACCGUUGUACCACAAUCUCCUCGCUCCAAACCAAUGGCCAUCACCGCAGCACCUCCCGGCAUUCCGGCCGGUCUACGAAGAGUACAUGCGUCGCAUGUCUGAAAUUUCUGCUCUUUUCACGUCACUGAUCGCGGAAGCGAUCGGCCUGCCUGCCAACGCGUUCAGCCAGUUCUUCGACGCGCAGCAGCAGCACAAGCUCAAAAUCGUCAAGUAUCCCGAGGUAUCCGUGCCCGACCUGGCAGCAGACGCGAGCGAGCAAGACAGGAGGCAAUGGGAGAUCGCGCGCCAGGGCGUCGGACCUCACAAGGACAGCAUGCUCACCAGCUACUUGCUGCAGGCCAGCAGCCAACCGGGACUGCAGGCGCAGAACGCCAGAGGGGAGUGGGUGGACUGCAAGCCUAUCGCUGGCACGCUUGUGGUUGCCAUCGGGCAGGGAAUGGAAGCUCUAACGAACGGCGUAUGCGCGUCAACUACCCAUCGCGUGCUGAGUCCGCGGAAGGGCGAGGGCGCACGGUUCUCCGUUCCGUUCUUCCAGGGCGUAAGCUAUGAUGCAAAGUUUGAGGCCAUGGAUGUGCCAGCGUCAGUCCUGCAGCUGCGUGACGAAGCACGCAAGGCGCGCAGGGACGACGUUGAAUUCACGUUUGUCAAAGGCCGGUGGGCGCAUCUGGGCGAGGCGACGCUGAUGAAUCGGGUGAAGAGCCAUCCAGACGUGGGCCAGCGGUGGUAUCCAGAGCUGCUCCGGCAAAUUCGCGCGUCGCAGCAGUCGUAA